GGAUCAGCGAUUGCUCGACCUCUUCCGUCGCUGUCGGCGGCGCUAGUGUUAGCUGGACGGCUGGUAGGACUCAAAGGAUUCACGCUAACGAUUUUGAGCUGUCAGCCAUCAACACUAGUGGAAGUCUAAUCAUGUUUUUGGUCACGCGAGGCGGAAGAACUAUCAUGUGAAUGUACACUCUCUUUCCGGCCAGCACCUUACUUCUGGGGUUGCCCCACGGGGAACGGCAGAGUGCGAAGCCCAGGAGUCAAGACAGAACCUCAUUGAUAACCUAAUCUGUAGUUGUGAAAUCUCCUGCGCGUCAGGUCGUAUAGCCAGGUCAUUCUACCCUCCUUACGCUAUUACACAUAUCCCAGUAGGAGUAGUAUUUGCGUGGAAAGGGUUCAAAAUGCCAGCUGACGACAUCAAUCCGUGGAAAGACCAAGCUGAGGACCGCGGCGCCGAUGAGACAAAGGCAACGCUGAACGAACAGCUCGACCACAAUGAGAAGUCCCAGAAUGAAGACAUGACAUCACAAGGAGCCAUGGCAGCAGGUGCACGGGAGGGUUCGGUGCAUUCAGAUCAGAGCGGUAGUGAUAAUUCUCUGGUGAAAGACAGGAAUGCCUCGCCAAUGACAAAGAAGGAAAAGAUAAUGGCACAUUUCAAGCGAUUCUGGAUAUGGUAUGCUGUCGGCAUUUUCAUACUCCUUGCAAUAUUGCUCCCCAUCACAUUCACGAUCAUCGUUCCACGAAUCGUACAGAACGUGAUUGACGGUAAUGAUUUACCAAUCUACAGCGGCAGCUUGAGUGCCUCCACCCCAACUAGCUUAAAGAUGGAAAUCAACACAGCAUUCCAUGUGCCCCUAGGCGUGAAGAUCGACCCGUUAAACCUGCAACUUUACAACAUCGAAACACCAGGUUACUCGCCAUUCCUCAACCUCUCUAUACCAACCUUGCACAUCAAACGGCCUCGGACCAACUUUACGAUUCCAAUGCAAGACAUAGAAUUGGACGACGUGAGUGAGCUAACCAAUUGGUUCGGCCAAUUCUUCCUGCAAGAGCAAACGAAUCUCGGAGUACGUGCUGUUCCCGAUGUCAGUGUACACCUGGGAGCACUACACAGUACCAACAAACUCGAUAAAACCCUUUCCAUUCCAACGCUACAGAAUCUGAAAGGGGCGAAUAUUGAGAAACUCAAUAUCCUUGUACCACCGGAUUCGAACGGAUACAAUAUCAAUGGUAAUCUUUCUCUGCCAAACUACUCCCCCCUGAGUCUUGGCCUUGGAGACCUUACACUGAACCUUAUGUCUAAAGACUUGAAGCUGGGAUUAGUGCACCUCGACAAUCUCGUACUAGCACCAGGUAACAACACAGUUCCAUUCUAUGGCAACCUAUACCUCAACCAGUUUUCCCAGAAUCUGGGUGCACUGCUGGAUGGGCAGAAGGAGGCUCUGAAUGGGGGUUACAUCGAGAUCAAUGCGACUGGCAAUACAGCUAUGGUGAACGGCCAGACAAUUCCCUAUCUCCAAGACAUGCUCGCCACCAAGACACUUGUUUUUCACAUAAGCGUCAUUACUUUCCUAUCAGAUGUCAUCAAUGGUAUACUCGGCGGUGACAGGGGCUCAAUCGUCGAUGUGCUAUCAGAAGUCCUCGGCAACCAAACACUUAUCGAGAAUACAUUGAACAACUUCAAUGUCAGCAACCACAUCCAAGGCAAUGCGACAGCUAGAGGGUUGGCGAAGAGAAAGAUUGACAUCCGCGCGGUCAUGGCUAAGAAUAUUCUUAGGUGGGGAAUGAGGAAACCAAGCUGGCAGGGCUUCCAAGAAAGGUCUGUGAAUCAACUCGACUGAAUAUUCAUUCGACUUCGGGCGUUCAUUGUUGCAUUGUCAAACGGAGUUUAGGCUGGCUCUAUGCAUCACGUAUAAUGCAUAAUGCAGUCAUGUUCAUGAGAAAUCACCAACACCGCACAUACAUCGCAAGACACUGCAAAUGAAUGUAGAAAUAGAUACUGCCCUGAAUAUCACGUAGCUAAC